AUGUUUUUUCGGCUUUGUAGAAUAAUAUUUUGGGGAUAUCUAUCUAUCUAUCUAUCUAUCUAUCUAUCUAUCUAUCUUGGUCUCUUCAUGUCUAUCUGUCUCUCCUGGUUUCUUCAUAUCUAUCUAUCUAUCUAUCUAUCUAUCUUGGUCUCUUCAUGUCUAUCUGUCUCUCCUGGUUUCUUCAUAUCUAUCUAUCUAUCUAUCUAUCUAUCUAUCUAUCUAUCUAUUGGUCUCUUCAUGUCUAUCUGUCUCUCCUGGUUUCCUGGUUUCUAUCUAUCUAUCUAUCUAUCUAUCUAUCUAUCUAUCUAUCUAUCUUGGUCUCUUCAUGUCUAUCUGUCUCUCCUGGUUUCUUCAUAUCUAUCUAUCUAUCUAUCUAUCUAUCUAUCUAUCUAUCUAUCUAUCUUGGUCUCUUCAUGUCUAUCUGUCUCUCCUGGUUUCUUCAUAUCUAUCUAUCUAUCUAUCUAUCAUCUAUCUAUCUAUCUAUCUGUCUUCAUGUCUAUCUGUCUCUCCUGGUUUCUUAUCUAUCUAUCUAUCUAUAUCUAUCUAUCUAUCUAUCUAUCUAUCUACCCUUGGUCUCUUCAUCCAUCUAUCUAUCUCAUCUUGGUCUCUUCAUGUCUAUCUAUCUAUCUAUCUGUCUAUCUUGGUCUCUUCAUGUCUAUCUAUCUAUCUAUCUAUCUAUCUGUCUAUCUUGGUCUCUUCAUGUCUAUCUAUCUAUCUAUGUUGGUCUCUUCAUGUCUAUCUAUCUAUCUAUCUAUCUAUCUAUCUAUCUAUCUAUCUAUCUAUCUAGGUCUCUUCAUGUCUAUCUGUCUCUCUUGGUUUCUUCAUAUCUAUCUAUCUAUCUAUCUAUCUAUCUAUCUAUCUAUCCAUCAUCUACCUUGGUCUCUUCACAUCCAUCAUCUAUCUAUCUAUCUAUCUAUCUAUCUUGGUCCCUUCCAUGUCCAUCCAUCCAUCUAUCUAUCUUGGUCUCUUCAUGUCCAUCCAUCUAUCUAUCUAUUCAUCUAUCCAUCCAUCUAUCUUGGUCUCUUCAUGUCAUAUCCAUCUAUCUAUCUAUCUAUCUAUCUAUCUUGGUCUCUUCAUGUCCAUCUAUCUAUCUAUCUAUCUUGGUCUCUUCAUGUCUAUCUAUCUAUCUUCACAUCUAUCUAUCUAUCUAUCUUCUUAUCUAUCUAUCUAUCUAUCUAUCUAUCUAUCUAUCUAUCUAUCUUGGUCUAUCAUGUUCAUCUGUCUCCUGGUUUCUUCAUAUCUAUCUAUCUAUCUAUCUAUCUAUCUAUCUAUCUAUCUAUCUAUCUAUCUAUCUAUCUUGGUCUCUUCAUGUUCAUCUAUCUAUCUAUCAUUGUCUCUUCAUCUAUCUAUCUAUCUAUCAUGGUCUCUUCUUCACAUCCAUCUAUCUAUCUAUCUUGGUCUAUCUUCAUCAUGUAUCAUCUAUCUAUCUAUCUAUCUUGGUCUCUUCAUGUCUAUCUAUCUAUCAUGGUCUCUUCAUAUCUAUCUAUCUAUCUUGGUCGCUUCAUGUCUAUCUAUCUAUCUAUCUAUCUUGGUCUCUUCAUAUCUAUCUAUCUAUCUGUUUAUCUUGGUCUCUUCAUGUCUAUCUAUCUAUCUAUCUAUCUUGGUCUCUUCAUGUCUAUCUAUCUAUCUAUCUUGGUCUCUUCAUGUCUAUCUAUCUAUCUAUCUAUCUUGGUCUCUUCAUGUCUAUCUAUCUAUCUAUCUAUCUAUCUAUCUAUCUAUCUAUCUUGGUCUCUUCAUGUCUAUCUAUCUAUCUAUCUAUCUAUUUAUCUAUCUAUCUAUCUAUCUAUCUUGGUCUCUUCAUGUCUAUCUAUCUAUCUAUCUAUCUAUCUAUCUAUCUAUCUAUCUAUCUAUCUAUCUCAAGAAGGCCAAGUGAAAGAAAUAUCUUUAACCAAGAAUCGUGCUCUCGGCAUACCCAGUAACGUGCAGAAGGAGGGGGCAGAGGUGCGACGACAUCCUGGUAUCCAUAUCGAGAGGGCAUCUAAUGAAAGCUGA